GCGAGUUCAUUUCCGGUUCAAAAUAAAAAAAGCAGCUUUUUGUUUGUGAAUAAAACAACUAUUUUGAUUAGGUUUCUUUUUCGAACUCUCACGAGUUGUUCUACUUUAGAAUCAGCAACACAUUAAUGCAUAAGUCAGUUCUCUAUCUAUUUGUUUAGUCGCCUAUCGUUGUCUUGCAUGUCUCAGUCUUUUAAUCCACAGUUGAAUCCCAUUGGUUUACAAGCACAGGCAUGUUUCCUCACCAGCAGCAGUAAUCGCCAACUUUCUUGGCUUCGCAUCACUUCCGUUGUUAAAAAAGACACAGAUGAUUUGACCUUACUGUCGUUUGCUGAAGCGUUUCCUUUAUCCAUUCUCCUGCCUCUAUCACUGGUCAAGACACCCAACACAAGCGUUAGUUUCACUUAUGAUGCGUUGUGCAAAACCGUCAUAUUUCACUUUCAUUCAGAAGUAGCAAGUUGGGGAGGAAGGCCCUGCUGAAGGAGAAAUUCCUCUUUUGACAGCCAUGAAAACGAUUGCUGUUCUGUUGAAAAUGAAGGAGAUUACGGUGUGUUUGUUGUUGAUUCUAUCCAUAGUUGUUUCACAGUCAAGCAAUUCAAAUGUAAGCAACACAAUUAAUGCACAGUUUACUAGUUCAGUCAUCGGUCAAGUGGGAGUGACCACCACUGCCGCUGCUGCUGAAGACAAAAGGAAAUCAAUUUCCUCCUCGGUUGAAUAUUCUACGAGCACUAUGACAGUGACAUCAUCUUCACCUAUGGAUCUGGUCUCUACAUCGUCUUCUCUAUCAGAUUUCUCUGUUAAAACCUCGACUAGCACUCCUGGGUUGGAUACCACGGUAUUGCGCAUGACAAGCACUGCCGACCCAUCAGCGCCCACAACACUGACUCAAGCGAUGACGUCUGCUGCAGCAAAUAAAACCAUUACAUCUGCAAUGUCAAGUGUUGAAGCAACAAAAGCAACGCAAGUAGUGACUUCUUCCUCAGUAAAUGAAAGCAAUAAAACUGAUAAGUCAACAACGACACCACUAAGCGUAACGUCUGAAAGUGAAAGCGUUACACCUGUCAUGUCACGUACAGCCACGAAAACAACCCAAUACGUGACGUCUACCCCAGAAAGUAAAAGAGUCACACCUGUCGUGUCAUAUACUGCCACGAAAACAACCCAUUACGUGACGUCUACCCCAGAAAGUAAAAGAGUCACACCUGUCGUGUCACCUACUGCCACGAAAACAACCCAUUACGUGACGUCUACCCCAGAAAGUAAAAGAGUCACACCUGUCAUGUCACAUAUAGUUACAAGUGCAACCAAGAGUACAGCUCAAAGUGAAACGUUCGUACCAGCAAGUGAAAGUGUCACAGUUGUCGUUUCGAAUGAAACAUCAAAGACAACUGAAAGCGUGACUUCGAAAGCCAUCACAUUCAGCGUAGCAUCAAGUUUUAUAAGCACUUUCGUUACUACAUUUCAAAGAGCCACUGAAAUUCCAAGUAGAUUUACAGUCAGCAUUAACGCAAACGUGACAGACGUGCCAAGCGUGACGGUAACGACAUCUACAACAGCUAUUCCAGUUACUUCAACUUUGGCUCCAAACAAAAGUGUCACAACUUCAUAUUCUGUAAGUGAAGCAAUUUCCAGACCAUCAGUUACCAAGACAACUGAUAUUACGAGCAGUGUUGCCAUAGUAACAAGCGUUACCCAUUCUAGUACCGUUGCUACUUCGACCCAGCCUCCCACCACAAUUCCAAGCACCACUACUAAACCGACUACUAAACCACAAGUGGCUCCCGAGUUUAAAACACCUCCACCAAAUAAUAAGACUGUCAAAGAAGGAGAAACAUUGGUGUUGACAUGCACAGCCACAGGAACCCCAACACCAGUUAUUACUUGGAAAAAAGAAAAAAUUAAACUGCAAAAUACGAGUAGCAUUGUCAUUAGUUGGGAUAAGUCAAAGAUAAAAAUAUUAAGAACUACAAGAGAAGAUGAGGGAACAUAUCAAUGUAAUGCUUCGAAUGGUGUUGGACGAGGAGUGGAAGCAGGAACUAAAGUCAAGAUUUCAUAUUUUUCAGGUUUGCAAGUUAAGAUUACUGAGCCAGACGCUCAUCAGUCUAUCAGGGAGGGAGUCGACGUCAUACUUACUUGCUCAGUGGACGCAUAUCCCCGUCCAUUUUUCACGUGGAAGAAAGACGACAAAGAAGAUGGCGUUGAAUUAGGAAGUAGGCAGGAUUCCAAUGGUUCAAGGCGCUUCUCUGAUCUUUAUCUUCCAAACAUCAGCCGCAAGAAUGGAGGAAACUACACGUGCUUGGCUUAUACGGGAACGGAUUUGUUGGGAAACGCCAAUAAAAUGCUGAAUGUAGAGUUAUCACUUGUACCUACCUACCCACCGUCUAAUGCAAUGAAGACAACAGACCACACCAUUACUAUACAUAUCCACAAGAUAGAAUACCUUGGAAAUGGCAAACGAGUCAGUUACAUACAAGUAAUUGUAAAGCAGCUCAAGAAUCAAACACUUCCAACGAGACAACCUUCACAUCUUGAACCAUCAGAACUUGGUCCAUAUUCAAAGAACAGAACAGAGCUGUAUAUUGCAGCAGUUAUCUUGCUUAAAGAUAUAGGACGGGGACCGACAAGGUUGGUGCUGGGAGAUGAAAGCAUGUCUUAUACUCCGACAAAGGCCAGAAGUAGGCGAAAUCCUCGUGAAGAGCAUGAACAGUAUUACAAUGCGCCGUUGCUUCCCGAGACAUAUUACACAGCAUUCCAAAGGAUGAUGUCAAAAGACAAAUACCACGAGUCACUCGGGUGGAUCACAGCUACCAAGACUACUACACAAUCACAGGUCGUUGAUGAUUCUGAUCUUAGCACAAUACUGUGGAUCGUGUGUGUCUCUUUAAUAGUGCUGAUCAUCCUCAUCGUAGUUAUGUCCGUAUACAUUAUAAAUAAGAAAAAAACACAUGAGAUUGACAUUGAUGAUGGCAAUUCUGGUAAGAACGCCUUUGGUAAGAUGGCACGUUCAUUAUCCAUUCACAUGGCGAGACUACACGAGCAUUAUCAUCCUUCUGGACCGAUUCCAGUCGAGAAUUUCGCUCAUCACGUGGCUCGGAUGCAUAAAAGUGGAGACAUGCACUUCUCGACAGAGUAUGAGAGAAUCCCUGAAUAUGACAGUAUCCCAGCCACCCACAGUAUCGAUCCUGCCAACCAAUGGAAGAACAGAUACUCCAACAUUGUAGCUUAUGAUUAUAAUCGAGUGAAGCUCAUUCCUUAUGAUGACGAACCCGCAUCAGACUACAUCAAUGCCAGUUAUAUUACUGGUUACAACAACGAGAACACUUACAUUGCAGCACAAGGACCCUUAGAUGAAACGUGUGGUGAUUUCUGGCGUAUGAUCUGGGAGCAGAAUACCAGAGUGAUUGUAAUGCUUACCAACGUACGAGAACGUGGCCGUCUCAAAUGUUCUCAAUACUGGCCAACAUCCGGGAAAUCAAGAUAUGAAGUAAUUUACGUAUCCCUGGAAGACGUUGUCGAACUGACGUCAUACACGAUACGUGUGUUUCGUGUUGCAAUGACGGGCCAGAAAGAAACAAGAAUGAUAAAACAGUUUCAUUUUACCGGCUGGCCAGAUCAUGGAGUACCCAAAAGUGCGACUUUCCUACUGGCAUUUGUUCGUCAAACAGCUAAAAUGAAUCCACCAGAUGCUGGUCCAAUGGUUGUACAUUGUAGUGCUGGGGUUGGUCGUACAGGAACAUUUAUCGUCAUUGAUACAAUGCUCCAACAAAUCGCUCAAGAAAAAACCGUUGAUAUCUUAAAUUGCGUAACACAGCUGAGGAAACAGAGAAACCUGAUGGUCCAGACAGAACAGCAGUAUAUCUUUAUCCACGAUGCUUUGCUUGAUGUGAUUAUCAGCGGUGACACGGAAAUACAUGCUAGUAAUCUACGCAAACACGUGCAAGAAAUGAUCGAGCCUUUUAAGGAAACAGGCGAAACAAAGAUGGCCUUAGAGUUUCAAAGACUGUCACGAGGUGUGCGCCCACAUUACACCAUUACAGCGGCAACAACCCCCGCUAAUAAAAGUAAAAACCGUUACGCGAAUACUCUUCCGUAUGACGACACCCGCGUCCCCCUUGUAGUCCAAACAGCGGUGAAUGGGUCAGAUUAUGUGAACGCGAACUACAUCGACGCAUACAUGAAAAAAAGAGCAUUCAUCGCCACUCAAGCUCCACUUCCUGAAACUUUUGAUGACUUUUGGAGAAUGAUCUGGGAACAAAAAUGCUAUACUAUCGUGGUUCUAGCACAAGAAAUGGAAAAUGAUAAGCUUAAAAUGAACCGUUAUUGGCCAACAACUCAUCCAAUCACGUUUGGAGUACUCCAAGUAGCAAUGCUAGAAGAAGAAAAGAAAGAAUACCUAGAAACAAGGGUUUUUAACAUCACUAACACGAUGGACAAUAGUUGUCAAAUAGUACACCAGUUUCACUACACCGCCUGGACAUCAGAGGACCUGACCGACUCGGGAAUCAACAUACUCAGUAUGAUUGAACAAAUACAGCAAUGGCAGAACGCCUCGGGCAAUCACGUCAUCACAGUACAUUGCAGUGCUGGUGUUGGUCGUACUGGCGUGUUCUGUGCUGUCAGUUCUUUGAUAGAAAGACUCAAGGCUGAGGCAGUUGUAGACGUCUUUCAGACUGUCAAACAACUGAGAGAACAAAGACCAGCGAUGGUACAAACCAAGUCGCAGUAUGAAUUCUGCUAUAGAAUUUUACUCGAAUAUCUUGAUACACAUACAUCUCUGGAAGAAUUGGAUUCAUCUCCAGCCCUCUCUCAGUCUUACAACACAGGAAAUCCUCCAGAAAGCGAAAAAACUCAAAACGAAAUUUCAGAACAAAGUUCUCUUGAGUCCGCAAAAAGCAACGGAAAGUCUAACCUUGUUGAUAGUGGCAUAGCAUCUGAUUCUUUAAGCGAAGUAAAGCAGAAAAACUCUCCAAACCACAUCGUACCGUCAACUGAUACAUCAGAAAAUUUCAAACAGAGAGAUGUCACACCCGAGGAUAAAGCACAGGUGAAUGUCACACCUAAAAAAGAAGGCCUAGAAAAUGUUUGUCUAGAAGUCACGCUCGAAAACGGAGUGUCACAACAAAAUGCAACACGUGAAAAUAUCACACAAAAGGAUAUCUCGACCGAAAAUAACAGGCAAAAAAGUGUGACACUUGAAGAUGAUGUCACGCUGGAAAAUACUGCGCACGAAGGUGUGACAGAACACGAGUUCAUACAAGAUAUCACGCCAGAAACACAUCAAAAGGCUGACGAUGAACCUUUGGCUAAUUCACAAGCAGUUCUACGAAGAGCAGAUUCAGAAGAGUCUGACCCAUAUGUUUCUCCUUUAUCAAGUUCCUUAAACUUAAACGGCUAUUGAGACGAGUGUUGAAGAAAAACUACAAUAUAUAACACUGACAAGCUACCUCUCUCAGUAUUACAAAGAAGUCAAGCAUGAGAACAGGUUUAUGGCUUUUCUUGCACUUUCUGGGUUUAGGCUUUAAAAUGUGAACUUAAAAUACAUUAAGAAAUAUUAGUUUAACUAACCUUUUAUCUUUUCAUUUAUGAGCAAGUUUCUUAUGCUUCUUCACUGCGAUAUUCGAGUUUGGCUUUCACUGAAACACCGUACACUAGUAACCUCGCCUUGUUGGGUGUACAGGCUUGGCUGCUAAGUGUGAAAACGAAUCAUUGAUGUUUGUUCUUACUGAUAUUUUGACAUCAGAAAAUCAUGAAUUUAAUCAAUAUCAAGCAGUAGUUUUACAUAAGUUAUUCAAUAGUCUAGUCUGUUUGAUAAAAAGCGUAACAUAGUACUAACAUACUGAAGCACUGUACAUAAUACUAUACACUGAUGCAACUUCGUACUUUUAUAUCACGUAAACUAAUUAUUUGACUUGUCAAAGAAUAAAACUUCAGUCCCAUAUUCAUU